UUGGGCAUGGCAGACCGUGAUGUGAGAGACAGGCACAUUGUCGACUACGACAAGUCACCGAAACAAGUGUUUGUGGAGGCGACGAGAAACCUCAUUCAUUCGGCAACAGGUUUGCAGAUUCUCUCUAGAUCACCCGGCAUGUAUUAUCGCGAUCAUGAAGUGUGUGCAAAAACAAUUGACGCUGGAAACGCAUUUCGAACCGACACCGGAUUCAUCGGGUUUGGACCUCUGACUACUAAGCCUGGCGACCUAGUUACUAUCAUGGCUGGUGGAGAUGUUCCUCUCGUACUACGACCUUACCAAGGGCAUUACCUACUUGUCGGACAAGCUUUUGUGAAUGGAGUUAUGUUCGGAGAACUCUUCGAA